AUGAUCACAGGCAAACGGCCUCGGUCGAUUAAUGAUUAUGACAUCGACACGCCUGAACCCGAGCAGAAAGCUCAGAAACAUGAAGAACCGCUUAGCUAUACCGCUGAGCUUAAUGAGAGGGUGCUCAAGAAGAUAAAAAGGAGGCUCCGGGAAAACCCAGAUAUUGACCUUACGACUGUCAUUCCGUCGGAAUAUUUAGAGCGUUAUGCGGAAGGAAGGAAACUUGAUGGUCUCCAGGAGACAGUGACGGAAUAUUCGGAACCCAAAUGCACGAUAUUUGAAAGCUCCCCCACCAAAGAGCUCGAUCAAACGAAUGCAACACCGAUCGAUAACCUCUCGCAAUCACGGAACGACUUUGACAUUCCAUUUGCACUUGCACCGAACGUAGAACAGUUAUUGAAUUGUGGAUGCAAUGAUCAAGAUGCGAUGGAACGCAGACUUCAAGAUUUAAUACGGUCGGGUGAGAUAAUUUGGCGAUCCGAAGUCUCGUCUGACCUUGUUGUCGUUAAGUGCAACAACGACAUCGUUCUCAAGGUCAUCCCAUUUACGUCAGAUCAUACCGAAGCCACGACGAUGCGAUUUCUUCAGGACAGUAUGUCAGAGAUUCCAGCACCACGCCUUCUCGGAAUGGUUUCGUGCCACUUCCGUACUUACGUGUUCAUGACAUAUAUACCUGGCACUCGGCUGGACUCCAUUUGGUGCCAACUGGAUGAGACGCAAAAGCGCGGCAUUGCGACCGAGCUAGAGGUUAUUCUUCAGAACAUGCGACAACAAGCCCCUCUGGGAACACCACUUGGAGGAGUGGCCAGCGAAGGCUGCAAGGAUACCAGACGCUAUACCCGCACCUGUGAAAGAACCUUAUCCACCAUUCCCGAAUUCAUCGACUUCCUCUUUUCCAAUCCGCACUUCGGAGGUGAAGUGUACACUCGUCUCCUCCGGGAUAUGUGGACAGAUCAGCAAAGCUCUGUCGUAUUCACCCACGGAGACCUUGAGCCUAUGAACAUCCUGGUACGAUCUUGUGAUAAUGGUUCCUAUCAAGUUUCCGGUCUGAUAGAUUGGGAAAUGAGUGGCUGGUAUCCGGACUGGUGGGAAAGCAUCAAGGCAACAAAUUGUCUGUCGACUAUGACAUCAAAGAAUGACUGGGCCUUAUACCUUCCUACUUGUAUAUCACCCCGGAAACAUAAAGUGUCAUGGUUGCUUGAUCGUCUCUGGGAUGCGCACGUUCCUUAACCCUCGAGUCCCUAAACACGCGCCCCGAAAUGCCUGAGAACGGCCCUUUUCACUUUUAUAUAGUCAUCCUUGUAAGGAACGCCUAAUGGGAAUAGGCAGAGUGCGAUGAUAAAUGGUUUCUUCAAUCGUAU